UCAAGCUUUCCUCUCUUCAAGUUUCUUUUCUCUUCUUGAAUAUUAGGAACUUGGAUAAAAAUUUAUCAGAUUCAUCUUCAGAUGCUGCAAAUGAGGAAUUUUAGGAUCUUGCCAAUUCAUCAUCAGACGAAGAAUUGAUGAAUCUGGAGAUUGCUGCUCUACAAGAGAAGGGAAGAAGAAGACGCCGGGGCUCAAUUCUUGGUCGCAUAUAUAAAGAUAGACAACGUUUGUAAGGUCAGGAAACACUCUACAAUGAUUAUCUUGCUGAAAAUCCUGUUCAUGAAGAAGUUGUAUUUCGGAGAAGGUUUCGGAUGCAUCGACAUGUUUUUCUUCUAAUUCUAGCUGAGUUAAAUGCAUGUUUAUCUGUUAGCAAAAUGGAUUGUUAGUUGAUGAGUGGAAAAGCAACUUCUGGUUCUGGAAAUGAUGGAGCUUCACAAAGUGCUGAAAGUUGCAGCGAGGGUUCAUCAGAUGGAAGCAAGGAGAAUGGUAACCACCAGGAGUAUGGUGCAAACAAGAAGGGAAGCUUUGACAAGAUGCUUGCAGAUGGAGCAAAUGCACAAAAUAACACAGCUUUAGUGCCUGGGAAGCCUGUAGUUUCUCUGCCUACAACUAGUCUGAAUAUGGGAAUGGACUUGUGGAAUGCAUCCCCCGCUGGUGCUGGAACUGCAAAAAUGAGAGGAAAUCAAUCUGGAGCCCCAUCAGCUGUCGGUGGUGACCAUUGGAUUCAAGACAACAAGCAGCUUGAUGCUGAGGUACAUCGCAAGUAUAUCUAUGGUGGCCAUGUUGCUGCAUACAUGAGGAUACCUCUCAAUGCAGUUACAUCUAUAACUAAUGGCUUGAAGAAAUUGUACAUUGAAAAACUAAUUAAAACCAUUGGAAGCUGCAUAUCGUUUCAAUGAUUUUGGUAAUCCAUUACUGAUUAACAUUGAUUCAAAGGCUCCUCUGUUACGACCCCAAGAACUUGGUUUUUUUGUGACAUAUAACAAUGGAAGUGAGGUGAUGAUAAUCUCUAAUCAUUGUCAAUGAUAGGGUUUAUGGUUCAAUGAUAGAAAUGCAGCUCAGAGUUUCCUUCAGUUUGUUGCUAU